GAUGUCCCAGGAACCUCGGAUGUCCUUUCUUUUCCUGUUCCUUUUUCUGAGCCAUGGAGUGGCAAGUCAUAGAGUUCCAGAUUCCAGGCAGGAUUUGGAUCCAUUGUUGCAAAAAAUGGCGGAAGAAAUCAUAAAUGGAAGCUAUCUGAAUGCGUUACUGGAUCUCAUACAGUUUCAAAGCUCGCAUGGGUGGACAGCAGACCUGUCCCACAGAGUCCUGGCCUAUCUGAAUUCACGGAAUGUUGCCUUCACCAUCCCCAGCCUGCAGGCAGCGAUGGAAAACCACCUGCAGCAGCGCCUGUACCAGCCCCAGAAGCUGCUAGAAGACCUGAGGGAAACCGACGCUCAGCGCUUCUGCACCGCCAUGAAAUGCCUCUUAGAAGACAAGAAGGACCUCUUGGAGCUGGAAGACAUUGUUCUUGACUUGGGAGAGAUCCGGAAACAAGCCUUGCAGAGCCCUGGUGUGAACCGCAGCCUGUUUCUCAUCACACUGGAGAGGUGUUUCCAGGUGCUGAACUCCCUGGAGUGUGUGGAGAUCCUGGGCAGGGUGCUGAGGGGCUCCUCAGGCAGCCUUCUGCAGCCAGAAAUUGCAGAGAAGCUCCCCCGGGACCUGCGUGAGGACGCUUUCAAGAACCUAUCUGCGGUGUUCAAAGAUCUCUACGACCAAACCUCGGCUCAUUCCCAGAGAGCUCUCUACUCCUGGAUGACUGGGAUUUUGCAGAUGUCCUCCAACGCUAGUGGUGAGCCUGACCUUCAAGAUGACUCUGUUUCAUGGGUCAGUGCAGAAAACUUAUGGAUUUUGGGCAGAUACAUGGUUCACCUAUCGUUUGAAGAAAUUGCAAAAAUCAGUCCUGUAGAAAUUGGGCUGUUCAUCAGCUAUGACAAUGCCACCAAGCAGCUGGACACGGUUUAUGACAUCACGCCCGAACUGGCCCAGGCGUUUCUGGAGAGGAUCAGCUCCUCCAGCUUUGACAUGAGGAACACCUCCACCAUCCACAGGCAAGGGGCAAGGCUCUGGAAUUUACCCCCCGCCAGCACCCUUAUCUUCCCACACAGGCUGGGGCUGCUGGUCUGUUUCUACGAUGACCUGGAUUUGCUGGACGCCGCCGUGGCCCAAGUGCUCCUGCACCAGAUGAUCAAGUGUAGCCGCCUGAGGGGCUUCCAGGCUGGGGUUCAGAAGCUCAAAGCCGACCUCCUGGACAUCGCCACGGAGAACCAGACCCUCAAUGAGACUCUGGGCUCUUUGUCGGAUGCGGUUGUGGGCUUGACCCCCACUCAGCUGGAAUCCCUCUCCCCCGAGGCUGUGCAUGGCGCCAUCUCUACCCUCAACCAGGUCUCAGGCUGGGCCAAGAGCCAGGCCAUCAUCUUGUCUGCCAAAUACCUGGCCCAUGAGAAGGUGCCGUCUUUCUACAACGUCAGCCAGAUGGGAGUGCUGCUGGCUGGGCUGGGCACCCAGACCUUCCACGCCAUGGAUCGCAGGGACCUCUUGCAGGUCCUGAGAAGCGCUGUCUCCUUGCACGUGUCCGACUUGUCGCCUGCCCAGAAGCAAGGUGUCCUCAGCAAGAUGGUCGAAACAGGAGAUGCUGCCUCGAACAUUGUGGAAAUACAAGGGGCUUUCUUUAAGGAAGUAUCUCUUUUCGAUUUACGGAGGGAAGCCGGAUUUAACACCACAGUCCUAAAGGAAAAGGAGCUUCGAAGGAGCCAGGCCUUAUUCCUGUAUGAGCUUCUGUCGACGUCGACCAGAAGGCCCGAGGAGCUCCUGAGCACGGGGCAGCUCAUCAAAGGCGUGACGUGCUCCCGCAUAGAUGCCAUGAGUGCGGACUCCUUUCUGGCCCAUUUCCACUAUUUUGAGAACAGCCUCUCCCUGCUCUCACCGUAUCAGGUGAAUUGUUUGGCGUGGAAAUACUGGGAGGUCUCCAGGUCCUCUAUGCCACCUUUCCUCCUGGCUGUGCUCCCGGCUCACUACCUGGCUUCUGUCCCAGCUUCCCAGUGUGUGCCCUUUCUCAUCAGCCUGGGGAAGAGUCAGCUGGACUCCUUGGUUUUAGAUUCCCACAAGAAGAAUUCAGUCCUUGGGAAGGUACAGCAGUGCCUGAACAACUCCAUUGCCGACGAGUAUGCCGUAGACAUCGUGGGGAAACUGCUCUGCCACUUGCCAGCUGCUGUCCUCCACCACGGGGUCUCCGCCCGAGCCUGGGCCACAGCCCUGCACGUGCUCAGAGACUGCCCAGAGCUCAGCCCCGAGCAGAAGGCUGCAGUGAGGCUCAGGCUCCUGGAACAAAGCGGACUCCCCCAGAACUGGACGGCUGAGACGGCAAAGGACUUGGGACCCUUUCUGAUGCUUUUUUCAGAAGAGGAAUUAAGCUCUGUUGCCACAAAGUUUCCUGAUAUCCUUCAGCAGACAGUGUCCAAGACAGCCGGGACCUUGCCCCCGCAAGGAUUCCUCCGGGCUGUCUUUGAAUCUCUCCGGAACAGCAGGGAGAAGAGCCCCAGCUCGGCCCCCAGCCCCGGUUGCCAUGGAGUCACGGCUCCUUCUUCUGGUGACAUCCUAAAGUUGGCGGAAGCCAAUGCCUGCUGGGCCCCCGCCGACUUGCUCUGCAUGGAGGAAUCCACGUUCAUCCGGAACGUGGAGCUUCUGGGGGCCGUCAGGGGUUUCAGGCCGCCUCAGCUGAUGACCCUGAAGGAGAAGGCUGUACAGGUUUGGGACAUGCCUUCUUACUGGAAAGAAUACCAUAUCGCCUCGCUGGGGCGCAUUGCUCUGGCUCUUAAUGAGAGUGAGCUGGAGCAGCUGGAUCUCAGCUCCAUCGACACUGUGGCUUCCCUAAGCUGGCAGACAGAAUGGACGCCAGGACAGGCUAGAUCCAUCCUGCAAGGAUUCCUGGAGGAUUCAGGCUACAGUAUCCAGGAUCUGAAGAGCUUCCAUCUACUAGGACUUGGUACAACCCUGUGUGCUAUGAACGCCACCGAAAUCUCACUCAUAAAGAUCUCAGAAUUCAGGGCGGUGGUGGCCAGAAUCGGGACCCUGCUCUGCAGCACCCACGUCUUGGCCGAGUUUAAGAGGAAGGCAGAAGUUGUAUUUGGGGAUCCCACCGAGUGGUCCAGCUCUGUCCUGCAGGAGCUCGGGACAAUGGCAGCUGGAUUAACUAAGGAAGAGCUCCAAAUGCUGGACAAGGAUUUGAUGCCGUAUUUCCAGCCAUCAGCAAUCAAAUGCCUUCCUGAUGAGAUAUUCAAAGAGCUGUCCGUGGAGCAGAUCGCCGCGCUGGGCCCGGAGAACGCCGCGGCCGUGACCCCAGCCCAGCGCCGGCGGCUCAGCAUGCUGCAGCUGCAGAGCCUCCAGCGAGCGCUAGAUGGCGCCAACCCUCGCGCCUGGCUGGACACGCCCCCGAGCGCCAGUCCCGCCCGGACCCCCUCCUCCAGUCCUCCUCCCGGAGGCCCUGUCACCUGGGGUCCUUGGCUGGGCUGUCUGCUGGUUCUCCUGCCCAAGACCGUGUGGUGAGCAGCAUGUGCAGAUGGCCCUUCAGUGCCCGAGCAACUGGCCCCGCUGUGUGGAAACAGAGGCCCUCCAGACUGUGAGACCCCUACUACCCCAACCCACAGCCUCCACUGGGACAGGGAAGACCCCAGGGCCUUGAAAUUUAAAAGGCACUGGAAGGAAGAAUAAUGAUUAAAAAUGAUGAGAAAAAGUUCUUACACUGGCCUGUGUUCUCAUCAUGGAGCUGUUCUCUGCCCCGUUUCAAGCUCUCAUGCUUUCCAGCUCGGAGAGAGAGAAACUGUGGGGAGGGAAGGGUGUUUUCUGUCACCAGCAUGAGGACCUUAUGUACAAGUCACUGCCUUCCCUCUGGAGAGAGAGAUGCCAGGGGGUGGUGGAUGCUGGCAAAGGCACCAUUUUAGCUGGGCCCUGAUCUGGAUUCUUUUCUGGCUGAAUGUCCCCUCCCUCGGAGCUGUAGGCUGCAUUGGAUUUCUCCUUCUUAGAUAUUUAGCAGAGCUGAAAUAAAUGAAUCCCUCAACAGAAGCCAAUAUUCCUACCUGAUUGCUGGGACUAAUUGAUGUUUUAGUGGCCCUUGCAUUGCUUGGAAAUUAAAACAUUUAACACGGCCCAACGUUAAAUCAAUUUUUAAAUACAUUUUCCAGAUGCCUUCCAUUUCCUUGGGAGUCAGCUGAAUGAAUGGCCGUGGAGUUAUCAGUUAAGCUUUCAAAAAAAUUCCUUUUUGGACGAAAGUGGUGGCUCUUCUGGGUUUAAGUUGCUCUGGGCUUUGGG